AAUUAUUCCUUAAAAAACUCUUACCAGACUAGAUGUGAGGCGGCUUCGAUUUCAUACAACACUGGUGGUGGUUUUCUUGCAAAAGUUCAAGAAAGAAUGUGUGGUACUAUUGAUCAUUAUACCCGUAUAUUUCACGAGCGGAAGAUGCGAAUGUUACAUGUAAAUAGAAAAAAAGCACCGAAAAGAAAACAUUUUGCUACAGCAGACAGUCAUUAUGGGCCUAGCGCAAACCAACCAGAGGAGGACAUGGGCUCAGAAUUGUAUAAAAAAAAACGUCAAGAGUUCCUAGAAGUUUUACGAUGUGCGGACAAGAAAAAGAUUUGUAUGGAAACGGCAUCGCAAUCAAAGUCCAACCUUUGGUAUCAAGAGCGCAAAAAACGAAUUACCGCUUCAAAUUUUGGCAGAGUUUGUAAACUACGCAAAACAACUUCCACCGCUAAGCUAGUUUCACAGUUGCUUUACACUACAUUUGCCGGUAACAGUAGUACAACAUUUGGUUUAGAAAAUGAAGAAACGGCAAUUAAAUUAUUUCAAAAUGCUCAUAACGUCAGUGUAACGCAAAGUGGUUUGGUAAUUGAUGAUGAAUUACCAUAUUUGGCUUGCUCCCCGGAUGGAUUAGUGGGUAACAAUUGUAUAAUAGAAAUCAAAUGUUCACCAAAAAGUGGGCCCUUAUCUCCAUUGGAAGGCGCAAAACAAAAAAAAAUUGAUUUUUGUGUAAUUGAAAAUGGCAAACUUACACUCAAACGAAGUCAUAAUUACUAUUACCAAAUACAAGGCGCAUUGCAUAUUUGUAAAAAACAACUGUGUUAUUUUAUAAUAUAUACAUUAGGAGGAUUACAUGUGGAAACCAUUGAACGCGAUGACGAUUUUUGGGAAACGAAGAUGAAAGAAAAAUUGGCCGACUUUUAUUUUAAUUCGUUACUGCCAGAAAUUAUCGAUCCUAGGAGAUGCCGCCAACUUCAAUUGCGAGAUAUUUAUAGCAAAAUCUAAUAGCUUUUUUUAUUGUCAUUGUUGUCAUUUUAAUAAAACAUAUACAAUUUUAA